UACACUUUCAUUAUAAUGAAAUGAAAUAUCAUGUUAAUUCGAAGGACUUUUAAUUAUUUGUUGUUUAUUGUUUAUUAAACAAAAAAUGUUGGUUUUAUAAAACAAACAAGAAACAAAGCCUGAUAUCAGUAAAACGUAUUUCCGGUAUGGAACGAUAAUUUGAAGAAUACUAGAAUCUAAAACUAAAACAGAAGAUGAUACGCUUAUCUUAAGCACAACUUAUUAAGAAGAAUGGGCUGUAAGCAGUCAAAGGUUGAUGACAAUGAGAAAGCUGUGGAAUAUGUGGAUUAUAAAGACGUAGUCGAAUGUCCACCAAGGUAUCCGACAGCAUUAGCGCCUACAGCUAGAAGAAAGGAUGUAUCAUAUAACGAAAAAUACAAGGAAGCAACAGAGAGAGUUCAAACGGUUCCCAAUUCUGCUUUGGGAGAUUAUUCUAUUCUGUUGAGACAUUUGGUAGACGACGUCAGGUCAGAUUUAGAAAAAGUAUGGACACUUUAUCUUUGGGUUGUUAGUCAUGACUUCAGCGAUCAUUCGCACGGUAAAUACCCUGCUGGAGAUACACCAAAGGGAUAUCUUAGAUGGAUUCAUGACGGAGAAGGGGAUAUUGCAUCCUUCUUUGCUAUUUUAUGCAGACGUGCAGGUAUAAAAUGUGUGAUAAUUGAUGGUAUAAGUAAAGGAGGAGACUACGAAGUAGGACUGUCGGAACAAGAACUGGAGAAAAUGAGAGAUCGGUGGAAUGCUGUGUACAUAGAUAGAAACUGGAGAUUUGUUCAUCCCUCUUGGGGAUCAAAGGCAUCUGACAAGAUUCGAAAUUAUUUUUUCUUGCCCGAACCAGAAGAAUUUAACACAUGGUGUCGCCCUGAUGACAGACAGUGGCAACUCCUGACGACAAUGGUUACUAUGUCGGAGUUUACAUCUUUCCCAUACUGUACAGCGGAAUUUUUCAUGAUGAAUAUGAAAGUCCUAUCCCCUAAAACUGGAAAGGUUCGAGCCAGAAACGGACAUGUUUUUGUUGAAAUUGCUACUACACGAAAUAUAGGGAAAACCGUUGUAGUCAAGUAUAACUUGGUCGGAAAGAAACUACUCAAACCUAGGGUAGGAAUGAACGGGCAUGCAGGAGGGGAGUCAACACAAAGGGGGAUGAUUCCUAAAGAAGGGGUAAACGGGUAUGCAGGUGGGGAGUCAACACACAGGGGAUUAAUUACGAGCAGACUUCAUGAGAUUGAGCAGGAAGGUGAAGAAAAAAACGAUGAAAUCUCAACUCCUUCUGCAUUUCCAACUGACCUCGACACAUUUGUGUUUAUGUGGAGAAAAGACGCUCAUUUUAUGUUUAAUAUUCAGCUACCAGUAUCAGGUGUAUACCUUUUCUCUGUGGAAGCAGGGCAUAUCAAUUCUGAUUAUUCUGUGUCAGAAAUGGUGAUAGUUGCAGAAAUAAAAAUAUAUUGUUUUGAUAAUGUUCACGAGGAAGACAUUGACAUGUUCCCUGACGUACCUGAGAUUGGAUGGGGCGUUACUCCACACUGCUUGGUACGAGGUAUUCGUCCUAUUUCACAUGUAGAUGGGGAAGUAUUUGUUCUCCCAGAUGCUGAUACGACUAUUAGGUUUGAACUUGAUCACGAAUACGAGUUUGAUGUUGAAAUGAUUGGUGAAAAUUUUGCAGAUGAUUUACAGCAAUACGUCAGUCAUAAUGUUCAUAAUAAUCUAUUGACUAUCAAAGUUCGAAUCCCUGGAGAAGGACACUAUGGACUGAAAAUCCACGCAAAGGGUGAUAAUGACGUGGACUUCGUCAACGUGUGCAAUUAUUUUCUGGUUUUCAACAAGAUAUCAUCCAACAUUGAGAAAUUUCCUAAACGGAUGAUAAGAGAAAAAUUGGAAAGAGCAACUGAGGGUGAUACCAGGCAUGGAUUAAAGGAAGCGUUAGAUGACUUUAUACUACACAAUGUACCUGACCGAGGGGAAGUUAAGAAAGCUAAAGACAAAAUAGGUUUCUUCGAUGAUAAAAAAGCAUUAAGUGAUGCCAUCAAAAGGAAAAAUCCCAAAUUCCUACAGAAAUCGAUACAAGACGCCAAAAAGUCUAAAUUUACUGAAGAACUAGAAGAUGACAUAAAACGAGCAGAGCUAAUGUUAGCUAGAUUGAAUAGAAUGGAAGGUUAUCUACAUCCUAUCGCAAAGUUGCAGAAUUCAACCUUGGCAGAAAUACGGUGCUAUACAUGGCCACCUGAAGUGGUUAGAAAUGUACUCGCGGCAGUAUAUGUAUUGUUAGGAGAGGAUUAUGAAUACCUUCAGGAUUGGGAUUAUAUUCAAAGCUUACUGGCCAAAGUUGGAAAAGAGGGUUUGAAAAAUAAAGUUUUAAAUCUUGAUAUGGAGACUGUUCCCCAGCGGCAAGUAGAUUUGGCUGAUAUUAUUAUUGAUCCACACAAGCUAGAUGAGGCACGAGAGGCCAGUACUGGAACGGCAGCAUUGUAUCAGUGGGUGAAUAAUAUUUGUACAGAGAAGAAAAGCCAACAGGCAUCUGUUAAUUCAAGUAGUAAUAAGGACAACACGCAAAGAAAAUUAAAAGUAAAAUAUCCACAGAAGGAAAAUGGUAAAGCUGGGCAUUAUGAAAGCGGAAAGUUUGGACAAUAUGGUUCUAUGAAAGGAAGGCAGUACGAAGUAUCAUCAGGCGGGCAAAACGGCAAGGUUAAAGUUAAUAGCCUCGUUAAAGGAAAAGGAGGACAGUAUGAUAACAGACAUGACACAAACAGAAAAUCCAACGACCGAAAGGAUUCAAAACAAGCGCACGAAACAAACAUAUCACCACAGCAUCGAUUUUCGAAGCCGGACAAGAAAACUAAUAAUAUCCUUGGAAUGAUUAUUAUAGACGAAAGGUCAUCAUCUAAAUCAAAAUCACCAAACAGCAAGGGAUCACCAACACAUAAGUCACCAUCAUCAAAGAAUGCUUCGCCAAUGCAGAAAAACUUAUCACCAGCGCAGAGGUCGCCAGCCAGUAAAAACAUAUCGCCAGCUAGUAAAAAUGUUUCCCCAGCCAGUAAAAAUGUUUCCCCAGCACACAGAUCUCCUGCCAAUAAAUAUGUAUCACCAACACAAAAAUCGCCUUCAAACAAAUCACCAAAUCAGAAAUCGCCAUCCCAAAAAUCACUAGCGGAAAAAUCGCCAGCGGAAAAAUCACAAGGUAAUCGAUUCCAUGUGAUAAAGUCGGACUCUCAGAAAUCACCACCUAUUGUACCAUCAGAUUCACCACCUCAUCGAUCACCUCUACAAAGACCUCCUUAUGAUGAAGUCCUCACGCCAGUUGGAUUAUCUCCAGUACCUCAGUCGGAUGAAGAAACUUUUAAAAACUUUUCGCCGAUUUCGCCAGAAGAGAAAUAAAAGCUAAACUUUAGAAUGUUUGAAACUCUACAUUAAAGUACACGCAGCAAAGAAAAAAAUCAAACUUUAAUUCGUAUACAUAAAAAAAAACCAGCAUUGUAAAGUUCUCAAUGUUGGAGGUCCCAAUUGGUCAUGAAGAGCUUCACUUGCCGUUUUCAUAAGGUUGUAACAUAUAGCUUAUCUUUUCUUGCCGUUCGUAUCAAACUAUAAUAUGAAACAGAUGCCCUGAAACACGAUAACAAAUUUGUUUCUAAUGGACCAAGAUUACUGUACUGAUUACUGUUUAUACAUAUAUAUAUAUUUGAAAUGUACCAUCUCAUCUCA